CCGUGCCACAAUGCCGGAGAGUUGUAUGGCAUAUAAAUGCCACAACAGGAGAGGUCAGAAAUCGGGAAGAAAGUUUCAUAGGCUGCCACGGGACCCUGACAGUCGUGCAAAGUGGAUUGCUGCUAUCGGCCAGGCCGAUGCAAACAACAAGAACAAGGCAUGGGAACCGACUGGAAAGAACGAUCACUGGCGCCUGUGCAGUGACCAUUUCAUCUCAGGGAAGAAGAGCAAUAACCCGACCUCUCCAGAUUAUGUACCGUCCAUUUUUGCUCACACUUCCUCUCCACUGAAGAGAAAACGAAAGAGAGAAAUGGAAACGUACACAAGACGUGAGCGAUCAAAGAAGCAACGUCGUGAUCAGUGCGCAAAGACACUGGCUGCCAGAGCUCUUCUUAUACACGUCUGGAGCCUGCUCUAG